AUGGCACGCAUAUAUGCAGACGACAAUGCUGUCCCUAAUGACUCACUCGGCAGCCGGGACUGGACAUAUUGCCAGGCGUGCCUCACGCGGGUCUUUGAGCGAGUGUUUCAUACAAUCUUAGAGUUGGGCUUUACGCAGUCGCUAAGCCUCGAGGCUGGCGAUCUGGGUGAUAGAUGGAAGACAAUUCAGCCAGCGCCGGCCUCGGCGUACCGUGACGACUUCUGGAGUGAUGAUAUCCACCCCGAGAUAGUCGGUGGCACCUGGUAUCCGGAGCUUCCAUCGAAACAAUGGCUGCUGGAACAACAGAACCUGGUUGUCAUGUCCUUCCAUUCCGUAUCGCUUCUCUGGCUGAACGGCCGACCAGAAGACUCAGGUCCCACGGCAACCCUGCUCAACAAUACGCUGGGCAACAACACUCACUCUUUCUGGCUGCAAUGCCGUCUUGCUGGUGGUGAUAACCCCACUUCAUGGCCCGGCGCCAUGCAGGAUGCUGUGACAGCUUAUAUCUACCUCAUCAAAGAACUUGGCAUUUCUCCGGCGCGGAUUGUGCUGGCUGGCGACUCCACAGGAUCAACCAUCGCUAUGGUCCUUUUGCGCUAUCUGACUUCCAUUGACCAAGACUCAGAUCAUGAUCUUGCGGGCCUGCCACCGCCAAAAGCGUGUCUACUUUUCUCGCCCUCAGUUGACUACUGCUUUGAAGGGGACCCGGAAGCCGUAGCUUCCAACAGGAACAUAAAGACGGACUACGUCAAAUCGCGUAUGAUGGCCUGGGGCGCCAUGGCAAUUGCGCCGCCCGACGUGGUGCGUUUGGAUAGUAAGUAUAUUUCGCCGGCGUUAUAUCCGUUCGCGACUCCUACUCCAAUCUUCGUGCAGGCCGGGGGUGCCGAGGUUCUGUGUGACAGCUGUCGCGGGUUCGCCGAAAGAUUUUGUAAUGUACCAGGAAAUCAAAUUGAGUAUUAUGAAGUCCCCGGUGUGCCGCAUGAUGUUUAUGUUUUGGGAACUAUUCUGGGAUGGGCGAAAAAACAACAUGACGUCCAUGACGCGGCGGCAAGAUUCGUGCAUGAACAUUAA